CACUAAAAUAGCCACCACCGUUCAAUUGUUCAUUUCUGUUGAAAGAAUUGCUGUGGAAAUGGAGAAAGUGCAGCAGCAACACUUGUGGAGGGCAGUGAAGUCACGCUUAUCGUACAAGAACGCAACUUUUGUGUUCUGCUCUUUUAACGUAAUCACUACCCUUUUCUUGCUUCAUUCCUUCUUCUAUUCUCCGUCCUCCAAAUUAGCUUCCUCUCAGAGAGCUUUAUUCAGACAUAUAAAGGAAUGUGAAGACAUAAGACGGGCCAUGGUUCCUUUGGAUUUGAUCAAAAGAGUUAGAGAAAUUGGACAGGAGAUGCAUGUUGAGACAGAACAAGUUCAACAGAAAGAAAUAAAGCAGACAGCUGCAGUGGGCUUAAUAUCUAGAUUGAAUAAUUUUCGUUCGAAUUCAGAUGCCGGAAGCACAAAAGCCCUUGAGGAAUGGCGCAAACGGAAGAUGGAGAGAGCCAGGCAGCGCUUGGUGAAGAAUGGAGUGACCGUCUCUUAAUCAUUAGCCUAAACAAAUUUCGAAAUCUUUGAUUACAUUUUGUACUAUACGAUCAUAUAUACACGACAUGAGUGAAUAUUUGAUUAGUUAAAGUGAACAAAAUGAAUCUGUGUUUCUUGCACAUGAUUGGCCACUUUCUCCGUUGCACUUUCAUUUUCUCAGUAGUUUGACAGUAGAGGCUGCUGUUCUUUCUUGGUUGCUCGGGGAAAUAAACUUCUUUUUGUUUUUUUCCUUUUUCUCGGAGGGUGUUUAGUUGAACUUAUGAGCUCCUUUAAAAUCUUUUCAUAUCUUCUUCAAGAGUGAGUGAGCUGUAACAUUUUGUAACUUCAAGUCUGAAUGCAUGUUGUAAGUUUUGAGAAAAUACAACACGCAUGGGAUUUUUUUGGUGCAGCGACUCGAUUUUUAUGCUAAAUCAGUGAUAAACUACUGAUUAAAUCGAGUGAUAAACACUCGAUGAGUGUCGUUUAUCCUAGCAGUUGUAUUUGCUCAACUGAACUAUUCUGAAAAUUUCAAAUGAAUGAGUAAACAUCUUUAGAAAUUUUUUGGCCAUCACACUCAACUCUCCCCUGCGUUGUACAAUUAUGAUCCAUUGGAGUAGAAAUUGAAAUUUAGUUGAUGCUUUCAAGCUCAAUCCUCUAUCUCCACAUCAAUCACAUUGUCUUGAGAAUUUACAUAUCCUUAUUCCAACUCACAAUCCAUUUAGAUGAGUCCAAUUCCUCAAAAGAUAUAUUGGACAAUUUCUUUUAAAGAAGAACUUAUGAUGAGUAAUAUUUAUUAUCAUAAUCAAUCAUC